AUGUUUGCUUGUUUGGGUAAACACUACUACAGAGAUGCCUGUAUGGUAUUCCUUUCCCACCUGAAAUACUGGCAAGACACAAAUCAUCCCAUGCUCACAGAGUUUUUUAAGAUGAUGCCAGAGUUUUCUGAAGUUGUCUGUGAAUUGUUUUUCUCAGUGUUAUCUGCACAUACCAAACCACAUGAUACUGAAGAACAAGUUCAAAGCAGUGCCAUUACAGUUGACUUGAUGGAAGAGGAAGUUCCAUCAAUCCAUGAUGUGUAUAAAGUUCGUCCCCUCGACUGCUACACCCAUAACCUAAUGCCUAGCACGGGACCAAAGUUCUUUGCUCUUGUGGAAGAUGCAACAUCAUUCCUGAAAAUACUUUUCAAUAAGUGUUUAGGAGAGGAAGGGAUUCCACUUGAAGAAGCAGCAACUUUUGACAAAACCACAGGCCUGCUGUCAUAUCAGACCAAAGUCUUUGGGCUUGUUCCAGCAAAUCUUUUCCCAUUGCCAUGUUCUCUUCCAUCUUGUGCUGUUGUUUGUUCUAUUUGUGAAGGCCUGUUAGAUGGUUCCAUCGAGUACAAAAGCCGCAUCAGAUUAAAAUGUGGCCACAUGUUUCAUCAGCUUUGCCUUGUCCCUAAUCUUGGAAGCAUACAAUUGAAAGCAUUAUAUAAAGAAGAGCUGAAAUCUCUAUGCAGCAUGUAUAACCUCAACACUAUUGGCACAAAAGCAGUUUUAUUGGAGCGCUUGAAUGACAGUUUGACGCCAGCACAGAAACAGAUGAAAAUUACAAGUUGUCAAGGGUGUACACGAGAAGACACAUCACCGUCUCUAAGGAUGUUUCGCCACUGUUGCAAGAAUUUCAUACUUCCUGAUCAAGAAUCCAUUCGAUUACCAUGCAGUCACAUUGUCCACAAGUUAUGCAAGAAAUCUGGAAGCUGUACAAUUUGCACUUUUCUGUUACGAGAAUUGACAACUACAGUUUGUGAAAAAGCCAAGUUGACAUUCACUAAAGAAUAUGUUCCCAAAUCAGGUACGUCAGCAGAUGAUGAACAAGACAGUGAUGAAGAUACUGAAGAUUACAGUGAUAUUGGACCAGGUUUAUCUGAAAAGCAAGAGAAGGUUGUGCAUUAUUUUGGAGAAUUGGCAGUAAAAACCAAGCACAACAAAGAACAAAGGGGCUCACUUCCUAAACUUAAAAUUGACAAAGUGUCAGAGUGA